GGGUUUGAACGUCCAAGAUUGUUCACUUCACGAGGCCCAACGUUUAGGUCCAUUUCAGCUGUUUCCUAUUGCAACAGCUCAAAAUCUCACUGCUCCCUCUCCCUCUUCCUCUCGUCUUCCAUCUUCUUCCAUUGGAAUCUUGAAACCUAACCCUAAACUCUCAAAAACCCAGAAUCGUUUAGUCAUUUCAGUUCCCAAAAACACAUUCUUUAAUUCACCCCAUUUUCUAUCAGUUUUCUUUUGCUUUUGAUCUGCCACUGGCUAAGUGGGUACCACCGGCUUUGAUUUGAUCACAUGCUUGAGAGUUGAGACAGAUUGAUCAAGGGCAAGUGUUAUCCCAUCAGUCAAGAAGUAGUGCAGGUGCCUUGAGCGCCAAGAGUUUUGGAUUUGAAAUGGAGUAGUUGUUAUGACGAUGGCUGAAAGUUGCGUGACGGGUUACAGCCCGAAAGUUCCCGUUGAUACCAAUAAUUGGCCUAGCUUUAAGUUUCUUAUGAACAGUGGUCAUCUAGGAUUCUUUUCUUUCUGUCCUCAACCAGUUUAAACCUUUUGUCCUAAAUAUACCUAUCCUGCCUUUGAAGUUUGGCUCCAAAGGCUUUUGUCUGUGUAUUCUUUGGCUUUGUUACUUUGAUUUUGUUUUCCGUUUUUUGGCUUUUUAUCUAUUGGAAGGACUGCGGUUCCCUUAGGCUACAUAUAUUGGUUUUGUAGCCAGCGUUUUAAAGUAGUAUAGAGAAGAUGGCGUUUUAUUCUGAAGACGAACAACCUGAAGAUUACCUUUUCAAGAUUGUUUUGGUCGGUGAAUCGGCUGUUGGGAAAUCUAAUUUGCUUGCUAGAUUUGCUAGAGAUGAGUUUUAUCCUAACUCGAAAUCGACUAUUGGAGUCGAAUUCCAGACGCAGAAGAUGAUAAUAAAUGGGAAGGAAGUUAAGGCCCAGAUAUGGGAUACGGCGGGACAGGAACGGUUUAGGGCUGUCACGUCUGCUUAUUACAGGGGUGCGGUUGGCGCUCUUCUGGUUUAUGACAUCAGCAGACGGCCGACUUUCGAGAGCAUUGGACGAUGGCUUAAUGAACUCCAAACUCACUCGGACAUGAAUGUGGUGACAAUACUUGUUGGCAACAAAUCUGACCUGAAGGACGCCCGGGAAGUGACCACCGCUGAAGGCAAAGACUUGGCCGAGGCAGAGGGUUUGUUUUUUAUCGAAACUUCAGCUCUCGAUUCCUCAAACGUGGCUUCUGCUUUCCAAAUGGUCGUUAGGGAAAUCUACAACAUUUUGAGCCGGAAAGUGAUGCAAUCUCAAGAGAUCCAACACAAAGACUCUGGCCGUCUAGCGAAUGGGAAAACAGUAGUUUUGCAGGGUGGUGGAGAUCAAGAAGCGGAGGGAGAGGAAGCGAAAAGCGGGUGCUGUUAAGUCCCUCCCUACAUGAAAAGCGUUUCUUCCCCGUUUUAAUACAGAGUUUUGUUAUGGUUGCAAGCAGUGAUGGACAUGUAAUUUCCAGCUAUUGAUGAACUGUGUUGUAGAAUGUAAAUUUAUCACAAGGUUGAAGAAACGUUUUCGGGUGGUAUUUAGUACUGUACAUGAAUUUCUGUAAAAUUCAUCUUCUUCUGUUGCUUAUUCCUUUCCA